CUUCAGUAACAUAAUUAUGUUACAUGGCAACAUAUGAGAAUUGUGCGCGUAUUUGCAAAGAAAUCGUUUUCAUUUGCUUAAACUUCUUGGGUGUGUUUCUUUCCUUAACUUGACAUGAUCGUGAUGGUUGUAAUUUUGUCUUCAUUUUUGGAAGACAACAUUACUAUUAUACCUAUAUGGAAAAGCGGUAAUAACCUUCGCAAUCUUAUUUGAAGGUGUAAACAAUCUCCAAUUUGUUUAUAAUAUGGAAUAAUCUAUCUCAAGUUUUAUUCAGAACUUGAUUUGUUUUACGAGAAUGAGCUGUAGAUUUAUUCUUUAAAAUCGUUCAUAAUGGCUGUAUAUGGAGGUGCAGAGAGAAGUUUGUUAGUUAUCAUCUUUGAUGUCCACCCAUGUCAGAAAAUAAUCACUAAUCAUCAGCAUCGAUUUCAUCAGGUUUUAGAAGCUGUGAUUGCAUUCUCUAAUGGCCAUUUAUUGAUGAAACCAGAUAACAGAUUAGCAAUCAUUGGUUGUCAUUCAGGUGCAAGUGACUAUAUCUUCUCAGAUAAAGAUUAUGCUGUUGUCCCAACUGGCAUCAAUGAUGGGCAGUAUGAAUUGUUUGCACAUGUUGAAAAAUGUAUUAGGAAAAACAUAAAACAGUUCCUUUCUAAAAUGUCGAACAAUCUUCCUGCUGGAGAAUCAUUGUUAGCUGGAGCCUGUGGUAUGGGCUUAUGUUAUAUACAAAGGAUGAAAAGAGAACUGCCUAUUGGUGAUAAAAUGAAUUCCAGAAUCCUGGUUCUUACUGGAAGUAAUGAUAGUGCUUCUCAGUAUAUGAAUUAUAUGAAUGUGUUUUUUACAGCUCAAAAAGAGAAUGUUGUGAUGGAUGUGUGUACUUUGGAACAUGAUCAAGGACUCCUGCAGCAAGGCUGUGAUAUAACUGGAGGGGCGUAUCUAAAAACGCCCCAACAGCAAGGUCUUCUCCAAUAUUUGAUGUGGGUUUUCCUUCCUGAACCACCAUUGAGGAAAAAAUUAGUGCUUCCACCUCCAGUCAAAGUUGACUAUCGAGCAGCCUGUUUUUGUCAUAGGCAGCUGAUUGACAUUGGCUAUGUUUGCUCUAUUUGUCUUUCAAUAUUUUGUAAAUUCAGCCCAAUUUGCACAACCUGCCAUGCACUGUUUAAAACUCCUGGACCACCUCCUUCCAAGCCAAAGAAGAAAAAACCAAAAAUGUAGCAAAUACUUAUAUAUUUAUAUUGUAACUAUUUAAUAUUAAUGUUUUGUAUAUAUUUUGUAAUAUAAAUUCUUUUUCUA